AUGGCAGCCAUUCCAUGGAGCCAAUCUGAAGAUGAGGGCUCCAGCAGCCAAGAGGAGGAAGGGCCAAGCACUUGGGGAGUCCCGGAAGAUGAUGCUGAUUCCUUGCAAAAAGCCCUGAGUUUCAAGAUGACAGAAAUGGUGAAGUUCCUGCUCCUGAAGUAUCGUGCAAAGGAGUUGACCACAAAGGCAGAAAUGCUGAGUAGGGUCAUCAAAGAGUACCAGGACCACUUCAAUGUGAUCUUCAGUGCAGCCUCUGAGUGCAUACAGCUGGUCUUUGGCAUUGAUGUGAAGAAAGGGGACCCCAUUGACCACUCCUAUGUCCUGGUCACCACCUUGGGCCUCACUUAUGAUGGAAUAGUGAGCGGUGGGCACAGAUUUCCCAACACUGGCCUCCUGGUCACACUUCUGUGGGUGAUCGCCACAGAGGGUGAUUGUGCCCCUGAGGAAGUAGUCUGGGAAGCACUGGAUGUCAUAGGGGUGCAUGACGGGAAGGAACAUUGGAUCUAUGGGGAUUCCAGGGAGCUUAUCACUAAAGUUUGUGUGCAGGAAGAAUGCCUGGUGUACUGCCAGGUGCCCAACAGUGAUCCUGCAUGCUAUGAGUUAUUCUGGGGUCCGAGGGCUUACGCUGAGACCACCGAGUUAAAGGCCCUCAAGUUCUUACUCAGUGUUAAUGAUAGGGAUCCCAGUUCCCUUCCUUCCCUGCCUGAAGGGCCUGAUGCAAUGAGGAACACUGGGCCUGAGCCAGAGUUGCAUUCAGGCAGAUUUCGGACCACAUUCAUCAGCUUCACUUGCUGGGCAUGA